GUCCUCCUGGGAAUGGGAUGCUCUCCCGAUGGAGAUGGAUGAGCUUCAAUCCCCAUAUCAGGCCAGGAGCGUCCCGUCCAUCCUGUCCACUUCCUUUCUUUCCUCUUUCGUGAUUCAUUAAUACAAGCCCCUCCCCCGUGCGUGCAUCUCCUUCGUCUGGUCUCUUCCUAUUCUCACUCUCGUUUGUGAUCAACUGACUCCUACUGCUCUUGGCUUUUCCUUUGAGCAUCCUCUCUCUAUUUCCUCUCAUCUUUCUCAUCGGCCUGCAUUUUCCUUCACCCUUGCACGCCUGCUGGCAGGAUAGCAUCUCUCAUCUCUUCAAUACAUCGACAUCGAACGCGGCAAUUGGCAUCAUGGGUGAUAGCUAUUCCGCAACUUCUGGCCAUACAGCCACCACGGCCGUCAACCGACCAACAAUUGACACCAACACUGAAGCCCAGGAGAAGCCUCAAUCCCCAAAAAAUGACCCUACGCGUCUUCAAAGCCUCGAUACUUCCGAUCAAAAGCGCCUGCACAGUCUCGAAAUCCCCCUCGACAAUGUUCGCUCUCCCCCUUCUCCCGCUGUAGGCGUCAACCCAGCUCUUUUCCGCAAGCAGACCUCUCUCGACAUUGAUGACUACUUCACCGGUCCUCGUGAUAUUCAGAAGCACUCAAAAUGGCCUCUCGUUAUGCAGAUGCACGGCUCCAUCAUGCCAAAGUUGAUCAUCCCUCUGGUCGCUAUUGGCGCCUGGUCGACUGCCAUUACACUCAUCUACAAGCUGGUCUACGACAUUUCUGUUGACUCGGUUCUGCUCACCAUUCUGGGUUUCGUCGUCGGUCUUAGUCUUUCGUUCCGAUCCUCGACUGCGUACGAGCGUUACGCAGAAGGUCGCCGAUACUGGGGUAUGCUUACCAUGGCUUCUCAGACACUGGGCCGUGUCUUCUGGAUUCACGCCAAGGAUGUCCCAGACCAAGACCCCCGCGAGACUAUCCUCAAGAAGAUUGGCGCGAUGAACCUUAUUGUUGCUUUCUCAGUUUCUCUCAAGCAUGCCCUUCGAUUCGAGCCCUACAGUGCCUACCCCGAUCUGGAGCAUCUCAUCGGCCAUCUUAACACCUUUGCCAAGGAUGCCACUGCCGCUGAUCCUGACGGUCCUUCUAUUAAGAAGAAGAACAUGUUCAAGUCCGUUGGAGAGUACCUUGGUGUGUCGUUUGCUCAGAGCAACCCCCGUAAGGCUCUUAAGAAGACCGACAAGCCUCUUGGCAACCUCCCUCUCGAGAUUCUCAACCAUCUCGCCAUCACCAUCGAUCGAAUGGUCGCUCAGGAGCAACUCCCUGUCCCAAUGCAGCAGACUCUUGCUUACAAUCAUCUCACCAUGAUGAACGACUGCAUGACUGGCUGUGACCGUGUUCUCAACACUCCUCUUCCCAUUGCUUACACCAUUGCUAUCAGCCAGAUCACCUUCGUCUAUGUCUUUGUCCUCCCCUUCCAGCUUGUCGAUAAGCUCCAGUAUAUUACGAUUCCUGCUUCUAUUGUCGCCGCUUAUAUCAUUUUCGGACUUCUAUUUAUCGGCCAGGAAAUCGAGAACCCCUUUGGACAUGAUGUCAACGAUCUUCCCCUUGAGAUCUACUGCGAUCAGAUUGCGGCUGAUAUGGAUAUUAUUGCGUCUCAUGAUAAGCGCGAGCCGGAUUCAUUCCUUCUCAGCCACAACAGCAUGCCUCUCUACCCCGUCAGCACUGCUUCUUCCAACGCAUGGAUGAAGCGAAGUGACGAGAAGCUUCGCCAAACCAUCAGGGACAAGCCCAAUACCAUGUUUGAGUGGCGCAAGGAGAUUGCCCGCAAGAAGUUGAACGGUGGCAAGUUUGGCACCAACGACAUGAAGAUGAACCCUGGCGACCACAACGUCUAGAUCUUUCCUUGUUAUACCCCUCUAAUGCAUGUUGUAUAGACUUCUCGAGGGAGUUGUCUCACAACUACGGCGCAUCAAAAUAAGCUAUGUCUAGUUUCGGUUCUUUAUUAAUUUGGGUUGGUUUGCUCUGAAGGACCUCGGAGGGGUUACUUCAUGUUAAGUGUGAAAAGGUUCGGCAAAUAUCACUGGGUGUUUUAAGUGGUCAGCAAUAGCGUUUUAGUCUGUUCAAUCUUCAAUACAAAUUGAUCUUAGAAAAUCCCUCAAUGAAUACUGAAGUGCUGAGAUCCAUGAGUGUUUGUUUUGGCCGUGACUCAAUAUGAA